UUCCUUAAAUCGUACUGAAAGCAGCGGUAAAGCUGAGGUGGAAUAGAAAGUUGGGUAGCGUCCUCACGCGCGAACUCUAUUUCUGCUAGGCACUUAUAGAAGCUCGCUGUCCCCAUCCCAACUCGACAAAGAAUCCCCGCAAUGUCGCCAAGCCAAGAAGACGGUAACGAUGUGCUCUUAGUUGUGCGGCAACUAACGUCAAGAGUGCGCCGCCACCACAAGGCUGUGUUUUUGUUUCGGCUCUGGAGGCAAGCAAUGGACGAAGGAAACGCCGUUAUUUCGGCAGCACUUUUCUCGUUUUUAGCGACUGAACUCCCAGUGGAGGCAGCACGUCGCGCACCGUACAACUUUAACGCUCUUUCUAACGACCAGUGCGUCGAAAGAUUUCGGUUUACAAAGGUGCAGGUUGUGGAACUUGUGACGCUCUUUGGAUUAGAAGGCAUUCGGACUCGAGAAAGGACGGCUGCAACUGGAGCUGAGGGUCUGUGUAUCCUUUUGUACAAACUUGCUGUACCGGUUCGCUGGGUGGAUCUUAAAGAAGCUUUCGGUAGAGAUUCAAGUGGUCUAUCAAAUAUUUUUUUGCACAUGCUGACACUUUUGGACGACAAGUACGCAAAACUUCUUUAUUUCAACGACUCGUACGUGGUUCAGAAUCUGCAAGCAUACGCAGACGCUGUGUUUGACGCUGGUGGCCUCUUGCAAAACGUUUGGGCAUUUAUCGAUGGGACUGUACGGGGAAUAUGUCGUCCUCGGCCUCGUCACACAAAGCGCGAUGGCAAAUUUAUGAGCCAAAAAUCUGUGUAUAAUGGCCAUAAACGCAAGCAUGCUCUCAAGUAUCAAACACUAACAACCCCAGACGGUCUUAUCGCUCACUUGUAUGGACCAUUUCCCGGCAGAAACCAUGACAGCAAGCUUUUCAAAGAUUCAAAGAUUUCUGAGAGGAUUCGCAAUGAUUCUCGUUUCCAACAGUACAUGAUUUAUGGCGAUCAAGCUUACGGUAACGAUGAUGUACUGACUAGUCCGUACGCUGGUGAGGUUGAAAAUCUAUCGCGAGAACAACGGCAAGAGUAUGAGUCGUGUACGUGUUUCAGCGGAGUGGUCAUACGGACAGGUGACCAACUACUGGACAGCUCUCGAUUUCAAACAACAAGCUCGAGUUGGGAUUCAACUAGUUGGACUUAUGUAUCGUGUUGGUGUCUUCUUGACAAACUCUAUUACUUGUACACAGGGUGGCAACACUAUCAGCGACUACUUCGGGCUAGCUCCUCCAAGCCUAAGCGUCUAUUUGAACACUAG